AUGUCAUCCAAAGUGAGUGCAAUGAAGACGCCAUCGUCGUCCCUGAUUACGUUACUUCCCGAAGACGUCAUUAUUGACAUCUUAGCACGUGUACAGAGAUGCGAUUAUCCAACACUCUCCCUCGUUUCUAAGCACUUCCGAUCAAUCGUUGAGUCCUCUGAGAUAUACGCGAGAAGAUCCUUGUUGGGUUGCACCGAAAACUGUCUAUAUGUUGUCCUCUAUGACACAGAAACACGCCAUGAACGUUUGUAUAUUCUCCGCCAGAUAGGCAACCGCAACCGCAAUCGCCAAUUGCUCCUUCUCUCUUCGCUUCCCGCUAUGCAUUAUUGUAGAAGCUUUUUCGCAGUGGGUCCGAGGAUAUACAUGUUUGGUGGGAACCCGAAGGAUAUUACGUUAAGCAUCGACUGCAGAUCUCACACGGUGCAAACCCUCCCAAGCAUGCCUGUGCCCAUGUCUAAUACAAUCGCUGGCAUCAUUGAAGGGAGAAUCUACGUAAUUGGAGAUUAUGAAUCGAAGAAGGUGAUGUUGGUGUUCAAUACAGAAACACAAAUGUGGGAGCAUGAGAUUGUAAAGAUAGACACUGAGCUACGCUCCAUGUGGAAGUGGUCGUAUGGUUGUGUGGUGAUGGCUGAUAAGCUGUACAUGAGGGAUGAUAAGCACAGCUUUAUUUACGUCCCAAAGAAGAGUAAAUGA